AUGCAAGGAUGCAUGUCCCUCGUUUUCCUUUGGACUUCAUUACUUCUAUCUUUACCCUCUGGCUAUAAUGCUGACAAGAUCCUGGUUUUCCCUAUUGAUGGCAGUCACUGGGUGAACAUGGAGGUGCUGGUGAAGAAGCUGCAGUCUCGUGGACACGAGCUGAGUGUGAUUCGCCUGGAGGACAGCUGGUUCAUCAAGGGCAAUUCACCUUACUACUCCUCUAUUACAGUGACGCUUAAGAAGAAAUUUAUAGACCUGGACCUAUUUGAGACAGCAGUAAAAAAGAUUCUUGAUGCUCGUAGGGAUGGCCCAAUAAUGGGAGUGCUGGCACAGAUGUCUGAAUUUAUAGGCAUCCUAAAGGUGGGUCAUGGUGCAAACAUUGCUAUGCUCACCUCCAUGCUAGAAAACAAAGCUCUGAUGUCACAAAUAAAGAUGGCCAACUAUGACUUGAUGCUCACUGACCCUGCCAUGCCUGGUGGGGUCAUCUUGGCACAUUACCUUCACCUUCCAAUGGUCUAUAAUGUCCGUUGGAUGAGUUUUGGAGAAGGCCACUUCUCCAUAGCACCUUCUCCCAUCUCCUUUGUUCCUGUGCCUGGUUCUGGUCUGACAGACCGAAUGGGCCUGUUAGAGCGAUCCCGUAACUUUUUACAUUAUGGGCUGAACCUCAUUCAAGAGCGCUGGAUGGUGAUUCCAAUGUAUACCAGCUUGUUGCUCAACCACUUCCCUCCAGGCACUGACCUCCUUACCAUGCAGCGAUCAGCAGAACUUUGGUUAGUGCGUGCAGAUUUUGUAUUCGAGUUUCCACGACCUUCCAUGCCAAACCUCGUCUACAUUGGUGGCUUCCAGUGUCGUCCAGCCAAGCCUCUUCCUGCUGAUCUGGAGGAGUUCAUGCAGAGCUCAGGAGACCAUGGGGUGGUCGUGAUGUCUUUGGGAACUCUGAUCGCAGGAUUGCCCAAAGAAGUCAUGGAGGCCAUCGCCUCAGCGUUUGCUCAGAUCCCGCAGAAGGUGAUCUGGAGGUUUAUUGGACAGAGACCUUCAACGUUGGGCAAUAACACCCUACUUAUUCAAUGGCUUCCUCAGAAUGACUUGCUGGGCCAUCCGAAGACUCGUGCUUUUGUGGCUCAUGGUGGCACCAAUGGUCUAUAUGAAGCGAUUUAUCAUGGAGUUCCAGUUUUGGGGCUCCCUUUGCUAUUUGAUCAGCUAGAUAACAUUGUACGUCUUCAGGCGAGAGGUGGAGCUCGGAUGUUGGAUGCAGCUACUUGUAGCACAAAAGAAUUCCUCGUAGCUUUGACGGAUAUCUUAGAGAACCCAACUUAUCGACAAAACAUGCAAAAGCUCUCUAAUUUACAUCGAGACCGGCCUUUGCACCCUCUUGAUAAAGCAGUGUAUUGGAUUGAGUUUGUCCUGCGUAAUAAAGGUGCACCCCAUCUGCGAGCAGAGGCCUACAACAUGUCUGAGUUCUCCUACUACUGUCUGGAUGUGGUCGCGCUGGUUCUCUUCAUGCUUCUGGGGACUUUAGGAGGUGUUUAUACAAUAUGUAAAAGAAGACCAAAAAGACAAGAAAACAAGACUGGGAGAGAUUGGAACAAAAAAGGUCUAAAGUAAACGGUUGAAUGAGUCUGUUAAUGCUG